AUGUCGAAAGCAGGCUACACAGUUCAUCCUCAAAAGAAGGCAGAAGUGUUUCAGUGGUUUGGAAACGUUAAGUAUCCUCACGGGUAUGCAGGGAAUAUCGCUCGAUGUAUUAAGAUGGGGGAAAAUAAGAUUAGUGGGUUGAAGACUCAUGACUGUCAUGUUUUGCUACAACGUCUUCUUCCCGUGGUCAUUAGACCGUAUUUGCAGAGUGAUGUGGUUGACACGUUAGUGGCUUUGUCAAAGUUCUUUCAGAGGAUAUACGCUAAAGAGCUUAAAAAGUCUGAUGUUCGGUCAUUGCAAGAAGACAUUGUGUACAUCAUGUGCAAGCUGGAGAGGAUCUUUCCCCCCAUUUUCUUUGACAUCAUGAUUCACCUCAUGAUCCACCUUCCCGAACAAGUGUUGCUUGCUAGUCCGGUACAGUAUACCUGGUGUUAUCCAAAUGAGAGUGCAUAUCUCAAUGAUGAAGACACAGUGGGGGAAUCAUCUGGAGCGGGUAGUAGCCGGCAGUUCAAUCUAUCAGUUGUUUUCAACAAUGUUGGACCGUACGGCAGGUUAAGUAAUUCUGAAAGAUUAAGUAAUGAUGAGAUCAAAGAGGGUCAUUGGUGUGUCCUUCAACAUUGCGAAGAAGCCGAGCCAUACUUCAAGUCCCAUUUGGAAAGACAGUAUGAAGAGUUUUCUGCUUCUUACGACACGGAGUUGCACUUAUUGGCUGGAGGACCCGAAAGCCACAGAGUUCGUGCUGGAUGUUUUGUGAACGGUGUUAAGUUUGUGACGUCAGAACGAGAUGAAGGCCAUGUCACCCAAAACAAUGGACUCAUGGUUGAGGGUCUGGGUUUCAACUACUACGGGGUUCUUGUCAGUGUCAUCGAACUAAUCUACGGCAACCGUAUGCCAGUCGUGUUGUUCAAGUGCAAAUGGUUCAAUACUGACCCAAGUAGACGGAGGAGUACAAUUUUAGAUCGUGGCUUGUUAUCAGUGGACUCAAACAGUGUGUGGUAUGAGAAUGAGCCGUUUAUUCUUGUCACCAUGGCGAAACAAGUGUUUUAUCUUGAUGAUCCGGCUAUGGGUGAGGGUUGGAAAGUGGUGCAGGAUUCUCCACAUGUAGUCCCUGAUACUGAGGAUAUUCGUGUCAACAACCAACACGUUCCGGUUAUCAUAGGUUACCUUCCAGUUACACAAUCUGAACUGAACUCGCUACAACCUCGCAUCCCCAAUCAUGAUGACGACAACUUCAUAGAUGACGAAUACAUAGAGGAUGACUGA